AUGCCAGGGGCCAGACUUGCAGAUGCUAGCAAGUUACCCAACCUGAACGAACUUCUUCAGUCCUCCGGAGACAAGGACAAAUGGGCCUGGGACCUGGUGAGCUGGAUUUUAUCCUCAAAGGUCCUGACAAUUCACAGUGCAGGGAAGUCAAAGUUUGAGAAGAUCCAGAAGCUGACUGGUGCCCCUCACACGCCUGUCCCCAUACCGGACUUCCUGUUUGAAAUCGAGUACUCUGACCCAGCCAACGCCAAAUUUUAUGAGACCAAAGGAGAACGAGAUCUAAUCUACGCCUUCCACGGGAGCCGCCUAGAAAACUUCCAUUCCAUCAUCCACAAUGGCCUGCACUGCCACCUGAACAAGACAUCCUUGUUUGGGGAAGGGACCUACCUCACCAGUGACUUGAGCCUGGCCCUCAUUUAUAGCCCCCAUGGCCACGGGUGGCAGCGCAGCCUCCUCGGCCCCAUCCUUAGCUGCGUGGCCGUGUGCGAGGUCAUUGACCAUCCAGACGUCAAGUGCCAAACGAAGAAGAAGGAUUCCAAGGAGAUAGACCGCAGGAGAGCGAGAAUCAAGCACAGCGAAGGGGGCGACAUCCCUCCCAAGUACUUUGUGGUCACCAACAACCAGCUCCUGCGAGUCAAGUACCUGCUGGUGUACGCACAGAAGCAGCCCAAGAGGGCUUCAAGCCAGCUCUCCUGGGUUUCCAGCCAUUGGUUUACGGUCAUGAUAUCCCUGUAUCUGCUGCUGCUGCUCAUAGUGAGUGUCAUCAACUCCUCAGCUUUCCAGCACUUUUGGAAUCGUGCAAAGCGAUAAUCUUUCUGGGCCUGGUGUAGGGGCCACCUCAACCACGUGCCUUAGGACAGCUCGUCCCGUACCUCCCGUGCCCCACAUCCAGCCAGGCUGAGCCUGGGGGCCGGUUGGGGACCACAGGACAACGUUCACAUGCCAUAAAUGUAUCAAUUGCCUUUGAUGAUGCUCUCAGCCACACUCUGGUCAACAGGGGCUGCUGGCCCCUCACUCUUAGGUUUUGGGGGAGAUAUCCUGUCUGCUCCUUCCUAAACAAGUCUUAGGGAGGUGGUUUUUUUUUUUUUUUUUUUUUUUUUUUUUUUUGCCAGGGCCAAAGGAGAAGGUCCUGCUGCAUUUAAAAACAAAGUGUCCAAGCUGUCAGUGGGAUGUUUACAAUCGCUUCUGGCGGACAUUGGCCCUUUCUCUAAUGCCUUCUGGAAGGCGGAAAAUGUGUAGUGGGGACUAUAAAUCACUAGGCGGUUGCCUUGUUUUGACUUGAGACACCCAAGAGGAACAGUCAUGUUUCUCAUAAAAAUCGGUGGGAUCGUUUUGAAUUCCUUCAGGCUUUGUAUGUGAGUGCAAAACACUUCUCACAGUUUUCUCAAAUCAACAAACAGCGUUCUGCUGCAGCUGUAACCCCUCCACCCCAAUCACGGAUGAGAAAGGAAGGAGUCAGAGACCUGAAGAAAAAAUACGAACUUAACAAUGAGCAACUCAAGUCGUCUUUUUCUAAAAAUUACCAACUGCUGAUGACAGCUGAAAUGGAACCAAAUGUUUGUUUUCUGAUUUUUUUAUAUAUAUAUAGCUAUUUGACAAAUUCGUCUUUGCGAGCUGAGUAAAAGGGGAAAUUUCUAAACCUAGAGCACCAUUUGGCCAAUGUCCAUGGCCUCUUUCCUAGCCGUAUUUUAGAGAAAAGGACUUGAGCUGCAGGCCUGCCUCCUGCUCUCGUUCUCACGAAGCUGCCUUGAUCGCGGCCUGUCGGCCACAGUGCCGCACUGCAGGCCUUCUCCUCUGGGCGGCCGGCCUUUGAGAUAGAGGCCUCCCUUAGUGUGCCACAGAUGUGUGUGGCCUGAGCCUCCCUCACAGGGGUCACAGGGCUCUGGGACUCAGCCUGGGCUUUAAAUGUGCAGAAAAAGCCUCUGACUGCCCAGAGAGGGCGGUUCCACCUGCUGUAUCCUCUGCCCCUCCUUCCUGCCCCGUGUCAGCCCUCACGGAGCCCUGUCUGAUUUAGGGGGGAGAUUUCUGUAGAGAAGGUGGAAAGUCAUAUUUCUAUAAUUUGUAAAGUUGCGAAAAAGCCACUAUCGUGGUUUUUACAUUGAAUAUUGGAACAUUUCAAAAAUAAUAAAGGUAUUUUCCUAAUUUC